AUGAUUAUCAAAUACUUCACUAAAGUCACAGUAAAAUUUCACCCAUUCACUGCAGGAGCCAAACCAGCUAGAUUAUUCUUAUCCAGAUUACCUUCAGCCAUCAAAUCCCAAUGUGUUAUAGAUUAUAAAGUGUUAUCAGCUACCACCACCGAAAAACCAAUAAUCGAAGUAGUAUUCAAAGACAAACAUAAAAUGAAUAUAGAUCCUGAAACUGCUAAUAUUGUUGAGGUAGCCAAUCAUUUUGAUUCCCAUUCCAGAAAAUUAGCCAUCAAAGAUGCCAUUUCCGAGUAA